GGAAAAAUUCCUGGCUGUAAGAGCUGCUCCUUUUUUUGAGAUUCAAUACCUUUCAAACUUGGAGAGGAGGAAGGAGCUGAAAUUCUCAUCAAACUUUGUGGUAAAGAUUAUCCCUUUCUGGAAUGUGCUCAUUUUUGGAUCACUAAUUUCAUUCUGACAUCUCAAGAACAUCUCACCAUAGAAAAUAAAAGCAUCAAUUACUUUACAGUAACUGAAAAUGAAACUUUAUUGGACCUUAAAGAAAAGAAUCAGAUAAGCAUGAAAGAAACAGUGAAUGAAAUGGGGUCAUUCAUUGAACUAAGUGGACCUCACUUACUCAUUUUAGAAGUGGCACUUCAUGUUGAAAAAAUACUUUGUGAUUUACAGGAGGAAAUAGCACACAUGAUAGAAAUUGAACUUGUACAAUUCCAAGUACAGUGGGUCUACAUAAGUGACAAUCACAAAAUUAAAUAUGAAUCUAAUGAAAACUUCAUUUUAGAAAUGGCCUACUUGGACAAAAAAAAGUUUGAGAGUAUUGAAGUGAAUGGUACUGAGCAGACUGUAUAUUUUCAAGGACUUAUGGCAUUGAAUGAUCAAAGGGAAGAAUUUAAAGUUGAAAGAGUCAUUCAAGAGCAAGACGAUUAUUUGGAGAAACUACCAAGUAACUGGGAUCCUCCUAGUGGUUCAGUUUUUCAAAAAGUACCAAUGCAUAUAACCAGACCAGAAUUUCAAAAGCUAAUUAGUGAUCUUGCAAAUAUUGGCCUCAGCAUUUUGAAGAUUGAUAGAAUAGAGAAUCCUGUUUUGUGGAAUUGCCAUUUACUUAAGAAAGAGCAAGAUUCAGCUGCUUCAAGGAUUGAAAGCCAAGUUAAUACCCUGUACCAGCGGAUUCCAGCUCAAUUUUGCAACUUUGUCUGUAGAAUUGGAUUUCAUGAAAUAUAUGCACAAGAAAAUAAGAGAAAGUAUGGUGAUGGGAUUUACUUCAGCAGUGAUGUGAAACAGCUCAUGAAAGAAGCCACUGACGUUGAGAAAAUAAUUCACUUCUUUGAAGCUGAAGUUUUUAUUGAUCUAGAAUUCUUGCCCCAGGUACACCACAGAUAA